UCGGUGCGAGCAGCGGUUGUGCGGGAGCUGCGGCCCCGGGAAACGGGCAGGGCACAGCCUGCCGUGUCCCUGUGCGGCCCCGGCCGUUUCCUCGUGUGUUGAUCGGCCCUGGCUCAGGAUUGGUGGUCUCUGCCAAAACACGUAGCGGCUGCUCAGGCGCUGAUGAACCCACUCCGAGGUUUGUAGGUCACCGCAGAAAAAGUAGGAACACAAUGUUGCCAAAAUAGGUUCUUGCGCCCGGUGAACAAGAAGCCAAUCCACACACAGAGUCGAGUCUUUUUGGAAAAUAAGUAUCAGGAGCCUUGGAGAAUCAAGAAUCCUGAAGAAGCAUUACCUUGACACCUGACGUGUCUAUUUUGUGAUGUGCAGAGCUCUGAGGACAGAGGCUUUUUUCCACUAAAAAAAAAGGAGCCAGCAGGAAAAAGAGGAGUGACAGCAUUUGGACCUGCUGACAACUCAGAGAUUCAGUGUGGCUCUUGUGAGUCAGGAAAUUCAGCAUGUGCUGGCUGGAGGAUGCUGAAUGACUCUGAUCCUGUGCUGCCCUCCUCUGGCUCAGCUCUUCAAGGAGAAACCAUUGGAGCCUCUGAUGCUGUGUCAGCAUUUCAGAGUGGAGACACUGUUGCCUGUACUAUGGAACAAGCUGGAAACACAGUGCCAUUAGAGUCUGAACCUAAUACUGACAACAUGGAAAAUAGUUCUCCUGCAUCAGUGUUGGAUGAUAAAGGUGAGCAAAGCAAUGAGGAGGAACAAAAGUCUGUCAAGCCAACAAGUAAAGAGUUCAGGAAAACCUGGGGGUUUCGGAGGACCACCAUUGCCAAGAGAGAGGGUGCAGGAGAUGCUGAUGUGGACUCCAGUGAGCAGCAGCCUCAGCAGCAGCAGCAAGGCAUCAACCUCAGGAGGAGUGGACGGCAGCCAAAGCGCACGGAGAGGGUGGAAGAGUUCCUGACCACGGUGAGGCGCAGGGGGAGGAGGAGCGUUCCCACCACCCUGGAGGAUUCCAGUGAAGCAGCCUCUGGGCCAGCCACUGAUGCUGAAACUGCUUCUGAAGACAGUGUUGAGAGCGCUCCAGAUACCAAACCUGUCACUCGGAGGAUUUGCACCCGGAGCUGUAAAGAGCAGAAAAGCCCUAAAAGUAGACCCACAAAACAGGAAGAGGAAGAAGAGGAGGAGGAGGAGGAGGAAGAGGAAGAUGCUACUUCUGAUAGUGACAGUGAUGGGUUAACACUAAAGGAACUGCAGAAUCGGCUAAGAAAGAAACGUGUUGAGCAGAAACCUCAGCUGGUGUUGAAGGAUGUGCAGAACCACCUGAGGAAAAGGAAUUCAGAGCAAGAUCCUGCCAAAACAGGUGAUGUCACACCUGAGAAACAGGAUGAGUCUGAGGUGCCUGUCAAGCAAGAGCCUGAGACUGCAGACAGCACUGAGAUUGCGAGUCAGGUGGUUGUGUCUGAGGAGGACACUGAAGAUCUCGAGGCUCAGAAGGAGGAGAAGCCUGCCCUUGGUGCAAAGGGGGGCUCAGAUGAGGAGCCUGAAGAGCAGCCCAAAAGCAAACCUGAGUCCGAGAUCUACGACCCAAAUGCCCUGUACUGUAUUUGUCGUCAGCCUCAUAACAACAGGUUUAUGAUUUGUUGUGAUAGAUGUGAGGAAUGGUUUCAUGGUGACUGCGUGGGUAUUUCUGAGGCUCGAGGGCGAUUGUUGGAGAGGAAUGGUGAGGACUAUAUCUGUCCAAACUGCACCAUUCUCCAGGGACAGGAUGAGCCUGUUUCAGAACUAGACCAGCAGGAAGCUAAAGUGGAGCAAGGAAAUGCCGAUGGCACAGAAUUCACAAGCAUAGGAACGAUUGAACAAAAAUCAGUUGAGGACCAAGGAAUCAAGGGUAGGAUUGAAAAAGCUGCAAAUCCAAGUGGAAAGAAAAAACUGAAGAUAUUUCAACCUGUAAUUGAAGCUCCUGGUGCUUCCAAGUGCAUCGGCCCCGGCUGUUUCAACGUGGCCCAGCCUGACUCCGUGUACUGCAGCAAUGACUGCAUCCUCAAACACGCUGCAGCCACCAUGAAGAUCUUGAGUUCUGGCAAAGAUGCAAAACAAAAACCUAAAGAGAAGAUCAAACCAAAAUCUGAAAAGCCUGGCCUACCAAAACCUCAGCAGCAGGUUGGCAUCAAACCAGUUUCAAACCAAAAGAGACAGUUCCCUGAGAAAAGAGAGGUGAAUGUGAAGAAGACUGUUGUGAGCACAGGCAAGACUGAGGCAAACACCCAAGCUCCUGCUCGAGAGCCAGCGGCAGAGCCUGUGACACCGUCCUGGGCCAGCGAUCAUAAUUACAAUGCUGUAAAGCCUGAAAGGACUGCUGCCAUUUCACCUGCACUGUUGUUCAAAUCUCAAAGGGAAGAGAAGAGGAACGAAGAUCGAGCAGAGCCCACAUCAGCACCAAAGAAGGCUGUGGUAUCUGUCAUGGAGAAACAGUCCUCUUCUCUCACCAAAAGUCUGCCUUCAAAGAAGUCCCCAUCCUACUCCAACACAUCAGUAACUAAACCACCACUGAAACCUGCUGGAAGUUUCAAAGGUGUCAUUCCCAAGAAACCUUGGCCUUCGUCAGGCAGUGUUCCUUCCAAACAGUCACCUCUCUCUCAUGGCUCAUCAGUUGCCAAGAAAGCAGCUCCGUCUUCCAGUUUGAGUGGAGGACUCAAAAAGCCUUCACUGUCUUCCAUGCCAGCUGCAGCUGGAAGUAGUCAAGCAAAAGCCUCAGCCAGUCCUGCCCAGUCACAGCCCAACUCUCAGAUUCGACAGAAUAUUCGACGGUCCCUGAAAGAAAUUUUAUGGAAGAGAGUCAAUGACAGCGAUGACCUGGUCAUGACAGAGAGUGAAGUAGGGAAAGUGGCACUCAACAUUGAGAAGGAGAUGUUUAAUUUGUUCCAGGUGACAGACAACAGAUACAAGAGCAAAUACCGUAGCAUCAUGUUCAAUCUCAAGGACCCCAAAAACCAGGGACUUUUCCAUCGUGUCCUUCGUGAGGAAAUCUCCCUGUCAAAACUGGUGAGAAUGAAGCCAGAAGAACUUCUGUCUAAAGAACUGUCUGUGUGGAAAGAGAAACCAGCUAAAGCAAUGGAGUCAAAAAGCAAACCUCACGAAAUCAAGAAAACGGCUGUAAAACGGGAGCAUGUCCCUGCUGUCAAUAUGGAGGAUUCUCCACCAGUGUCUGACUCUGAUGAACAGCAGGAGUCAACCCGAACUGCACCCAAUAUGAACAGUGCUCCUUCACUAGAUGUUUUUAGCAGCAUGUUGAAGGAUACAACAAGUCAGCAUCGAGCCCAUCUUUUCGACCUGAACUGUAAAAUCUGUACAGGUCAGAUUUCAGCAUCAGAAGAUGAGAUACCAGCUAAGAAGGUGAAGACAGGGGCUUCUACUAAGAAGGUGGAAUCGAAAUCAAAGUCAGAAGUGCAGGCCAAGUAUGAAAGUCCUGCAGCAGCCCCGGCAGCAGAGCCCGACAAAGAGCCCGUCACUGAUGACGCAAUGGAAAUUGAUGUUGAACCGGCAGCAGAAACAGUCUCCCAGCCAACCACAGAAAAACCUUACAUUCCUACAAGCCAGAGCCAGAACAGCACAGACUCUGCUGUACCUGAAGAGGUCUCUGCUCUCCCUGCCUCCUGUGCUGGCCCUGUUGUCACAACUGUAACGGUUUCUGGCAGAGACCCCAGGACAGCCGUGAGCAGCUCCUCUGGGACUGUGACCCCGGCUCUGCGCCCUGCGCCCGCAGCUGACAAAGUCUCCACGGGGGAAACCAAACAGGAAACUUCCAAACCAGUUAUGACUGUCCCCAAAUCAAUAUUAACCAAACCCUCUUCCUCACCAGAUCCCAGAUACCUGGCGGUUCAUCAGUCACCCAACAUCAAUGCUUCAGAGCCUCGCUCACCUCAGGACAGCGACACUUCUCUCUUUCUCUCUCGUCUCAACACCAUUUGGAAAGGAUUUAUUAACAUGCAAAGUGUGGCCAAAUUUGUCACUAAAGCAUAUCCAGUCUCCGGGUGCUUUGAUUACCUUAGUGAGGAUUUACCUGACACAAUUCAUAUUGGUGGGAGGAUCUCACCGAAGACAGUCUGGGAUUAUGUUGGCAAACUCAAAUCUUCGCUUUCUAAGGAAUUGUGUUUGAUUCGUUUCCAUCCUGCAACAGAAGAAGAAGAAGUUGCCUAUAUCUCUCUCUACUCCUAUUUUAGCAGUCGUGGUCGUUUUGGUGUUGUAGCUAAUAACAACAGACAUGUCAAGGAUCUCUACCUGAUCCCCCUGAGUUCUAAGGACCCAAUUCCUUCCAAACUCUUGCCCUUUGAGGGACCAGGUCUUGAGUCGUCUCGGCCAAAUUUAAUCCUUGGGUUGGUUAUCUGUCAGAAAGGAAAACGUCCUGCCACUGAGACAGAAAAAAUGGAGGAGAAGCGAAGCAGGAUUCAAGCACAUGAGGAAGCUGAACCAUCGCUGUUCUCCAAAGGGCCUUCAGCUUCACAAGAGAAGAAAACUCCCAAAUACACACUUUAUUCAGGAGACUCCACUGUGAGUACAACACCACCUGGAUCUCCUCCUCCACCUCCACCCCCACUUCCCGUUCCAGACACGUCAGCAGUGACGCCUUCAGUAUUGAAAAUACUGUCGUCCAUUAAAAGUGGCCCCACAGCCACUGUGACCCCACCGAUUUCAACAGCCGCUCCUGCAAGCAGCACUGCCACGCACUCGUCCUCAAAAACCGCCACGCCUCUUGAGCACAUCCUGCAGACCCUCUUUGGGAAAAAGAAAACUUUUGAGCCUCUUGCCAAGGAUUCUGGAACUGUUCAGUCUUCCAGUCAGGAAAGUCAAGCUGCAGCAGAUAGUGGGAUGCCAGCGGUUCCUCUGCUGGAUCCCAUUGUGCAGCAGUUCGGGCAGAUGUCCAAGGACAAAGCCAUAGAAGAGGAGGAGGAUGACAGACCUUAUGAUCCUGAGGAGGAAUAUGGUCCAGAGAAAGCCUUUGAAAUGCAGACUGGUGAAAGUGACAAACGCUACAGUGUGGAAAAGCCAUCUACUACAGCAGAACUAGAGGAUGAGGCCUAUGAUCCAGAGGAUGAAACUAUCUUGGAAGAAGCAAAAGUUACUGUUGAUGAUUUACCCAACAAAAUGUAUACAGACAGUAAAAGUGGUUCUUCAGAAACGUCUGCUUCAUUUGUGUCUGAUUUAUCUGCAUCCUCCUCCUUGGUAGAACAGCAAAAAAUGUUGGAAGAAUUAAACAAACAAAUAGAAGAACAGAAAAGGCAGCUAGAGGAACAAGAAGAAGCUCUCAGACAACAAAGAGCAGCUGUUGGUGUUUCCAUGGCUCACUUUUCAGUGUCUGAUGCUUUAAUGUCACCUCCACCAGCAAAAGCUUCCCUAUUAAAGCCUGAAUUAUUCCAUCAGGACCAGCAAGCUGCACAAAAAGUAGAAUUACCUUCAUCUAUAAAUCAGCAAGCACAAGUUUUAAACCAGGGCUGUGAUCCAAGGCAGAGCAGAGAUCCUCGACAGGCUCGAAGGAUGGCAACAGAGAAUGACAGUUCUGAUUCUCGAAUAAAACCGCAGGUAGUACAGAAUGAGAUAUCCACAAGAGAAGUCACUCCAGCAAGUUUUCCAAAUACUUUGCAGACUUCACUUGGUAAGGAAGAGAAUGCUUUGAUUUCCACUACUCAGCCUGGUUUUACUGCUGAUAAUUGGGUUUCAAGUGAACAGACAUCUGUGGUGCCCCAGAAAGAGACAUCUAACAGCAAAUUUGAACACACCAUUCAAGUUACUUUGGAAAACUUGAGUCAAACAGCUUCUGGAGAUCCUUCUGCUUCCAAACCUAUACGUAAAGUGCUGCUUCCAACACCUCCAAGUACGUCUUUUCAGCCUAAUUUCUCCACAUCAAAUGACAGCCCAUCUUUGCAAGAUAUGCAUCAAGUGUCAUGGCCAAAUGAGUCAAAGGAAGCAAUGGGAAGGGAUUCCUUUUCAAAUACAAUGUUUCCUCAGCAGGAAAAGGCAGCUGGACACUUUGAACCAGAGAUGGGUCUUUCAUCAGUGCAAUAUGAUGAACAAAGAAAUCCUCAGUCUCAUCAGUUUGUAGAACAAACUGAACCCACACCAGUUCAGAGUGAGGGUGGACCUCCCCCACAGCACUUUGAGGAAAACCGAGCGUUUUCUAUGUCUGGGCAGAAAGGGGGACCUCCAAUGAUGCUCAAUGCACCUGGAGGACCUCAUGGACCUAAUUUUAGAGGGUCGGCACCACAGUUCUCUGAAGAGCACGGUUUUCCAAACAAUGAUGGGCAAAGAGGACCUCAGUCUGGAAGAUUUGGAGGUCAAAAGGGUCCCAUUCCUCCCUUAUUUUCUGGACAGCAUGGACCACCUCUUUAUGGUGAUAAUAGGGGCCCUGCCCCUUCUUAUCAUGGUGGUCCAAGAGGAAUGUCACCAUCUCAUUUUGAAGAUCAUAGGGAACCUCACAUGGAACAAAUGGAAUUCUCAGAUUCCCAAUAUGAUGAAAUGAUGGGGCCUCCAGGACAGUUUGAAGGACCAGAUUCCUCUCAGUUUAUGGGAAACAGAGGACCUUCACCUUUUCCUUUUGGAGGUCAAAGACGACCUCCACCAGGUCAGUUUAAAGGACAGAGAGGAGGGCCUCAGUUUGGAGGGCCAAGAGGUCCAGCCCCAGGUCAUUUUGGGGGACCAAGAGGGCCUCACCCAAAUCAAUUUGAAGGGCAGAGAGGUCCAGCUCCAAAUCAUAUGCCUGGUCCAAGGGGACUUUUGCCACAGCCAUAUGAAGAACGGAGAGGGAGCCCACCACCCAGAUUUUCCAACCAGAGAGGUCCAGGACCACAUCAGUUUGGAGGACCAAGAGGAGGCACACCUCCAAUGUUUCCGGAAGAAGAUGAACCUCCUUCUAGAUUUCAUUACCAGGGUCAGUCACCACAAGGUAUGAAACCACCCCCAAGACCACUCCUGGAUCUUCCAAGCCAUCCACCAUCUCACAGAAAAGAGAUGUGGGAGGAAGGUGGACCAUCUCUUUCCAAUAUGUCUGGGCCAGGACCUGAGUCAGAAGGACAGUGGUCCACAUCUGACUUCCGAGAAGGCAAAAAUCCUGACUACAGAGGCCAGACAUUUGAAGGGAGACAGAGAGAGAGAUAUGAGGGAGGAAAUAAAGACAAGGGUUUGGAUCAGCCAGAGCCUCACCAAGCAGAUAAUCGCCAAGGUAGAGGCUUUGAGGAAAGACGAAGGGACCGAGAACAUGGCAGACCUUGGGAGAGAGACCGUGGCAGAAACUGGGGCAGAGACAGGGACUGGGAGAGACACAGAGACAAGGAAUGGGAUAAAAAUAGAGAUAGGAGCCAAAAUAGAGACAAGGAUUCGGAGCGGGCUAAGGACUGGGAAAGAAGCAGAGACCGAGAUAGGACAAGAAACAGAGAGAGGGACUCUUACAGAAGACGUGACAGGGAGCGAUCGAGAAGCAGAGACAGGGAUCGCGACAGGGACAAAGACAGGGACCGGGAUCGAAGCCGGGAAAAGGAACGGGAUCGAGACAGAGACAGAGAUCGCGACAGGGAAAGAGGGAAAGAUCGCAAAGACAGGAGUAAGAGUAAGGAAAUUGGUAAAGAGACGAAGCCAGAGACACCGAAGGAAACUCAGAAACCAGUGGAAACUGAAGCUUCAUCUUCCAGCAAUCAGUCAUAGAAGUGUGACUGAUAUUUCCCACAAAUAAUACACUUUUGCAACACAGCAAGGACUGCACAUCUGUAAAUACUGUAUAUAUUCUCCUUUUAAAAAAUUCUGUUGUAAAACUAGCCUUACCCGAUGUACUGACAAAUAAGCAAUUUUUGAACAACUGUGAAUGAAAAUAAUCAGAUAGAUGAAAAGCAAGAACAUAUUGGACUUUCACUUGCUGCAUUUUGUGCAUAAUGUUUUUCUUAUAAAAAUUCACAACGUUACCUGUACUGAGAUUUUGUUUUUUCUACUUGCAUCUUUAUCUUAAAGUUUCCAUUUACAGUACAGAAAUGGAAAAAGACUAAGAAGAGCAUAUUGCUUUUUAAGAUUAUAAAGUUAUGUUUUCCAGUAACUUGAAUUGUAAUUUUAUAGGAAAAUUUAAUCCAGACCUGAGGAGCCAUACCUUUACAUCUCAUUUACGUGAUAUUUUGGUGUCAAAAUUGUUCCUACAGCACACACUAGAAAUGUUGGUGUCAUGUUUCUUUUACAAUGGAAGGAUCAUUUGUUUAAGAAAAGGUUGCAAAAGUACAGUGUUAAUAAUUACUUGUGACUGAUGGAGGAUUUGAAAAUGGAAUGUUAUAAGCUUAAAGUGCACUAUCUUCCUUUUCUACACAUGUAUUUUGGGUCUGGAAUCCACCUGUUAAGUGUACAGCAAAGAAACAAGUCAUACUUAGUUAUUUUCCAUGAGGUUUUAAAUAUCCCAUGUUUACAAACCUGUCAUUAAAGAAAAUACAAGAGUAGCACCUUUAUAACCAGCAAAACUUACAAAAGCAUCAGACAUUUAUUUCAAAAAGUGGUAAACCAAAGGAAGGAAGAGCAUUUGGUUAAAUAGGCCACUAAAUCUGUUACUUCGAUGGAACUGAUUUAGUGGAGCAUUUUUUGGUUUUGUUUAGGUUUUGCAGAAUUUUUCCACUGAUAUAAGAAAUGUCCCAAUUUGAUUGAACUUUUCAUUAUAGAAGUGCUCUUUCAUUCUAAAAGGGCUCUUGAAAAAUAAAUUAUACUGUUCUUUUGUUAGGCCCUACUUAGGCUGGCAGUGUAUAUAAAACUCCACUGAAAAAGAUACAGCUGCAUUAAAGUUUGAAUUAUGGUGGUACAUCAUGUUGUGAUGGAAGAAGGACAUUUUUCGUGGUGAAAUACAUCACAGUGCUACUUCCCAUGUAGUCCUCAAGCAUGGAAUUCUAAAGUGUGAAAUAAAACCCCACUAGUUUAUUUGAAUGUGUAAAUUAACCUCUGGGUAAAUAUUUUGAUAUUUUGCUAAAAUAGAUUUGGAAAUGUAAAAUUAGAUUCCUGUAAACAUUUUGCAUCUUGAGGACUAUAUUACAGGUAGCAUGUGUGUCACCACAGUCACAUUGGUGCAUCCUUGAGGUCCUUGUACAUCCAGGAUUUGCUGGCUGAAGUGAUCAUCUGUGUCUUGAGGGAAAACGGUAACACACAAAGAAAUCCUAUUAAAUGCAAACAUCAACUACGGUGUAUGAUUUUUUUUCUUAAUGAGAUGUUUCUAAUUUAAAGACAUACAUAAAAGUAUGCAAAAUGUGUGUUUGUUUAGGUUUACUUGAUAGAAAUUUCUGUAAAUUGUAUUUUAUAUGGCAAAAUAUAUCACUGUACAUUAAAAUAUGGGACUUCACAGGUUUUUGUUACUGUAAGUAGAAUAAACACCUACAGAGAGCUGU